AUGACGCUCACGAGGGAUGAAAGCGGCACGCCACACCAACACCACCCCACCGAGACGAGCCCUCUCCUCAGCAGCGAGCAGAAUGGCGCCGCCGUCGACCCGGAGAGCGCCCAGCCGGCUCCAGAACCAGGCGCCGGCGAGAUCGCACUGGCCGAAGAGACCAGCACCAAGAAACUCGUCGCUAUCAUGGCCGCCACGUGGAUUGGCGUCUUUUUUGCUGCCUUAGACACGACCAUCGUUGCGACCCUGACAGCCCCGAUCUCGUCCAGUUUCGACUCGCUGUCCCUCCUUUCGUGGCUGGCGACGGGCUACCUGAUUGCCAACUCGGCGUGCCAGCCGCUCUCGGGCAAACUGACCGACAUCUUCUCGCGGCGAUGGGGGCUCAUCUUCUCCAACGUCUUCUUCGGCGCGGGCACGCUGGUCUGCGGCCUGGCACCCAGCGCGGGAGCCAUCAUCGCCGGCCGCAUCAUCGCCGGCGUUGGCGGCGGCGGCCUGACUUGCAUCGCGACCUACAUUACCAGCGACCUCGUGCCGCUGCGGCGACGCGGUCUGUGGCAGGGCUACGGCAACCUCGUGUACGGGCUGGGGAUGGGGCUGGGCGGCGUGUUUGGCGGCGUGCUGUCGGACAAGUUGUCCUGGCGCUGGGCGUUCCUACUACAGGUGCCCUUUAUCGCCGUGUCGACCGUCAUGGUCUUCUUCCUGAUCGACAUCCCCGUGAACCCGAGCACGAAACCGCCCCUGUCGCGCAUCGACUUCCUCGGCUCGGGAUUUCUCGUCUCCAGCCUCAUCCUCCUGCUCCUGGGCCUCAACACAGGCGGCAACCAGCUGCCCUGGGACCACCCGCUGAUCAUCACCAGCCUGCUGCUGUCCCUCGCCACUUUGGGAGUCUUCAUGUACCUGGAGUCGCAGCCGCGCUGGGUGCCCGAGCCCGUGCUGCCCGUGGCGCUCAUCGUGCGGACCCGUACUGUCCUCUCGGCGUGUCUAGCCAAUUGGUUCGGCACCAUGUCCGCCUUCCUGGCCAUCUACUACGUUCCCCUGUACCUCCAGAUCCGAGGCCUGUCGGCCACGGCGGCCGGGCUGCGCGUCGUGCCCUUGGCGGCGGCCACGUCGAUCGGCAGCCUGGCGUCGGGGUACGUGAUGCGCGCGACGGGGCGGUACUACGUGCAGAUGGUGGUUGUGAUGGCGACCUUCAUCCUGGGCGCGGCGCUGAUCUGCAGUUUCCAGCUGUCCACGCCGCAGUGGAUGACGUUCGCGUUCCCGACACCCCUGGGCUUCGCCUACGGCGGCAUGCUGACCAUCACGCUGGUCGGCAUGAUCAGCUCCGUCGACCACGAGCACCAGGCCGUCAUCACGGCGGCCUCGUACGCAUUCCGCUCCACGGGUUCCACCAUCGGCAUCACCAUCGCCGGCGCCGUCUUCCAGAACAUCCUGACCGAUGAGCUUAGGGAGAAGUUCGGCGAUCUGCCCGGCAGCGAGGGCGUCAUUAGGAGGAUCCGCGACAGUCUGGAGGGAAUCAACCACCUGCCCCCCGGAUGGGACAGGGGUAUCGUCCUGGACGUAUACAUGGACGCCUUGAGGGGCGCCUUCGUCUCCGGCCUGGGACUAGCCGUGCUGGCUGCCGUCGCUGGCUUGGGCAUGAAGGAGCACAUCUUGCACAAGAACCUCGCGAGGAAGUGA